UAAAAGCCAUUUGAUCGAUCUACUAGCAUCGUUCUCGAUCCCACAAGUCGACCAUGCCCAAUCACCCCAAUUUCUAUGUUACCGCAUUCGCCGGGGUUCUAGAGAACACCGAGUUUGAGUUCAGUAGCUUGUACUUGCACCACUUUGUCUAUGGACCAAGCCCAACCCAAUCAAGCAUCAUAAGUGCAAAUUCUACCACUGGGUGGGGCUCCACAGAAGUUAACAAUUGGCCAAUAUAUGAUAGGGUUGGCACCGAUGCGAAGCUAGUAGCCCGUGCACAAGGGCUGCAUAUCUACGCUGGUAAUUGGCACAAUAUGUUAACCAUUGUGUUUGAGAUUGAAAGACAUCUCAACCAUAACAUCAAGUCCAAACGACCAGUGCAUUUAGCCGAGGGCCAGCUAGUUUCUCAGGUUGUCAGAUUUGUAAGCACAUGUAAGUGUAUGCUUUUACAUAAGUUUAAGCAAAGCACGCUGCAAAUAAUGGGAACAUCUGUUGAGCAAGAAGGUCAGUGGUCUAUUGUCGGCGGGACAGGUGAGCUUGCAAUGGCACGUGGCGUUAUAAACAAAAAACUGCAUCAUAGAACAAAUGAGGGGGACAUAAUCGAGCUUACCAUCCAUGGAUUCUGUCGCGUGCAGAUACCCACUCUCGGAAAGAGUGGCCCAUGGGGUGGCAAUGGUGGUUCUGUUGUUGACUCAGAAAAUCCCUCAAGGAUAGAAAGUAUCACCAUCCUCUAUAAGGGAAUAGUUGCUUCAUUCGAAUAUUCUUACAUCGAUUACUAUGGCAAUAGGCGCACAACAGGUCCUUGGGGUAGUAAGAAUCCCAAUCGCACAGAGAUCGUGUUGGGCCCUGGUGAAAUUCUGACGGCAGUAUCUGGAACAGUCAUCAAGCAUAAUACUCCCAUGGAGACCAAAGUCGAUGUUGUGCAGACACUCAAGUUUGUAACAACCAAGAAAACAUAUGGACCUUACGGAAAUCUUGACAACAAUAAAGAACUUGGUACUCCUUUCAGCGCCGUCGCGCCAGAUGGCAAAGCAAUUGUUGGCUUCUUCGGGCGUACUGAUGGCAGAUACGUGAACGCAAUUGGAGUUUAUAUUGCCUAAGAGGUUUGGUUCAGUCAACAUUUCAGUGUAUGUUCCAAAUAAAAGUAAAAACGAGAUGGUUAAAGAUAUCGUGCUUUCAGUGGUAAUUGAUCCAUGUACAUGUGCGUGUGCGGCUGUAUUGUGUUGUUUAAAUAAUAAAGUCCCUUGGGGAAUAACUUCU